AUGUUAAGAAGAGAACUGAGAACUGUUGAGAAUGGAACAAGAAAUCGAAAGUAUCUGAAAAGGGCAAUAUCAGGCACGCAAUAUCAUGAAAUUAUGCGACAAUCGUCGGCAAAAUUAGAUGACCUGUUGUCACCAUCAUUGAAUGAAGAUAAAUUGUCAGACGAAGAGACAGCAAUUGCAGCAUUAACCGCAUUGCGCAAUAAUAAUCAUCAUAUGAAUUUUCAUCAUCAUCAACAAAUUAGCAAUUGUAAUAAUAACAGUAGUAGAAAUAGCGAGACAUCGUCGCCACCUGUCACAAAAUCAUCAGUUACCUCUCUUAUCAGUAAAUUUCAUUUACAAAAUUUGGAAGCCAAUUCCGUAUCUGUGAUUCCAUUAGAUACAACAGUCGUAAAACAACAGCAAUCAUCAUCUUCAUCUCGCACAUCACCAUCAUUAGCACCGCCUCAAAUAAGUGUUAAGAAUCUCAGUCAAUUGCAACAGCAUCUCGAAACAGCCGCUGUGCUGAUGGAUAUGGGCAAAAAGGUCAUUAUUUCACCGCCUUCAUCUAAACCACAAUCACCAAAUUUAAACGAACAAAAUAAUAAUAGCAAUAGCAACAAUAAGAAUAAUCAUAAAAGUAUUACAUCGUCAUCAACUGUGAUAAAAGCUCAAGAUUACUCAAUUAAUAAUUUAAAGAGAACACCAAGUUGUGAAGAAGAAAUGGAUUUGAGUUUGAAACGUAUGAGAGCUCUAGAAUCUCUAAGGAAUAGUGGAAAUCAAAGAGUUACCAUGUCACCAAUAUCUAUCGUGAACAACAUGAUGCCACAAUUAUUGAAAUCAGAUAUUAUAAAGAAAGAGAUUAUGGAUGUGACAGAUAAUGAUCACAUGAGUGAGAAGUCAGACGAUAGCUCAGAUUCUGGACGUCUUCAAAUGGACAUUUCAUCGCAAGAGGAUACCGAAGAGUAUAGAAAUCUUCCGACAUUAAAGCCUAUUGGACGCGAUACGCCUGAAAGCAAUUUCUCCGACGAACAUGCUUUCGAUCAAGCCGAUCAAUUCUUACAAGCAUUAGCUCAACAUACUCAAUUAAAUGGUGGAAAUGAAGCAACACAACUUCUCCGAAAAAUGAUAAACUGCCGGUCACUAGGGAUUCCCUUUUCUCCACAAUUACAUCAUAUGUCGAUGGAACAGCCAAUGGCAUUGUUAAAGAAUGCACAAAAGCAAGCAGGCAGACGAAAACAAUCAUGUCCAAGUCGUUCAGGUCUCACAGAGCCAGUAAUCAAGAAGAUAAACCUUGGAAGUUCGUCUCCUUCAUUAGGUGCAGCAACAUCAGGAGAUAUGGCAGAAUCAUCUGUAAAUAAUAUUUGGACAGGAAGUGAUGAAAUUGCAAAGGUCAAUAAUAAUAAUAACAGUCCGAAAAAUGCCAAUAAUAAUCAAGCUAAUCAACAACAGAAAGAUUUAUCAUGUACCAAUUGUGGAACGACAACAACAACAAUUUGGCGCCGUAACUUACGUGGUGAAAUGGUCUGUAAUGCGUGCGGCUUGUACUUUAAAUUACAUGGCGUGAAUCGUCCACACACGAUGCGUCGUGAUACAAUUCAUACACGUCGACGACGUCCAAAAGGUGACAAAUCAAACAGAAGAAAAUCAAAAAAUCAAGAGGUUCCAGAACAAGAAGCAAAUGGUGGUGCAAAAUCAGAUUUAACAGCUAUCCAAAAUCAUAAUUUAUUAAUUGCAUUAGCACAACACGGCAAUGCGACAGGUGGAAGUCCAUUUGCAAUGCCUCAUCACUAUCAGCAAUUCCUACGUACACACAUGCCAGUACAGAAUGAUGGAGGUAAUAACGAGGACGUGGCAGGUUCGGGUGAUGAAAGCGAGGCAGAGAAUGACCUUGACUCAUGUAAUUUGCCUUUAAAUCUCGUGGCAACACAACUUGGUGAUUCAUAAACCUAUUUUUUAAGCAGCGGAACCAUCGAUCAAUAAGAAAUAAAAAUAAAACAAAAAUUGAAUGACAAUAUUGGGGCCUGCAAAAUUCACAACUCAUACACGUAUGAAAAAAAAAUAUAAACUUUAACAUUGAAGUAUUAAGAAACUCGAAAAGCAAUAUUUUAAGUGUUUUCGAAUUUCAAUUCACAUUUGAGCAAAAGGAACGUUAACUCGUAGAAUUUUAAGAGACAAAAGAAGCCGCACUGAACUCAUUUUAUCUUCUUGAUUUUCGAAUUUUUGUUUUUAAUUUUUUUUUUGUUAAGAAUGAAAAAUAAGGUGCGAGGAAGUUGCGGUGAAAUUUUUAAUUUUUGGCUUUUAAUGAAGGAACUUAGUUGUUAAGUCACACGUUUUUUCUCCCUACAUUUUUUACUCUUAAUUCAUAUUUUAUAUUACUUAUUAUGUGUAAGCACGUAAGAUAUUAAUAAUUAGUUAUCGCGUAUUUUGUAUAAAGUUUUUUGAGACAUGGAUAUCUCUUGCCUAUUUGCAUCUACUUAAACAAACAAUUAAUAAAUACUAGAGAUGAUAAAAUAUUUGUGAUACAGAAAAAAAAAUUAUAAUAACGAGAACUUUCUCAGUAAGCAUUACUGCUCUCUACAGACGAAGAAUAAAAAAAUGUUUAUUGCAUGAGGAAAGGCUUAAUAAAUUACACGAGGAUGAAUGAUGUUCAUUUAUACAUGUAAAAAUCGAAAAUCUCACAAACCGGGCAUUAAAUAUAAAAAAAAGAUAUGAAUAACAUUUUCAAGUAUACAUGAAGAAGUAUCAGUACUUAAUUAAUUAAAAAAUAUUGCCGUCCUGAUUUUUUUAAAUAUAAAUAUAAUUAUUCUGUAUUACUUUCAGUUCUAGUCAGUUUCUGAAAAGUGCGUGUAUCGUUAUUCUCGUGUAAUGUGAUUAAGCACUUCCGAUAACAUGCAAUUACUGAACUCAUCAAUUCACUCUUAUCAUCUACUCUUAAUUUAUAUUCACCAUCUUCAUUAUUAUUAUAAUUAUAUUAGAUUCUUUACUACUUAAUAUUAUGUAAAACAUUUGUAAAUUCGAAUAAUGCAGCUAUAAAUACUUAGAACAAUUUAAUUUUAUAUUAUUUUUUGAUUGAAUUUUAAAGAAAGUUACAAGUUCUUUAUUUGUAUCCUUUGCGAAAAAAAUGUCAUUACCGUCAGUAUUGUGCACCAAGUUUUUUUUAAGUUUCGUUAAUUUUUGCGUCCUAUAAUUUUAUUUUUAACAAUAAGGAAUGAAAUUUAUUUUUUGAGAUUUUGAAUUGAGCUUAGGAACAAAAAGUUUGGGGUGUGGAGUUCUUCCUCUUUUUCAUGUCUGAAGCUAUCUCCUAUUAAAUGAUAAAAUUAUGGAUCUGAAUAGGAAGUUAUAAGAUGUGAUACUCACCACUAGACUACCGAGUAAAAUAGAUUCUUUAAAUGAUGAAUAUCUGAGCUUCUGGUUGAAGUUAGGCUCCGUUGGAACCAGAAUCGUUGAAAUAUAGUUUUAAGCAAACUUUAAGCUAGUCUUUAUAAUUAGCAACAUUGCUUCAAGCUUUCUUAAAACUAUCUUUUUACUUUUCCGGUUCCUAAGGACUAAGUUAGACAUUAUCCUAGCUCAGACUUAAAUCUUAGUGAUCUUGUGAUCAAGCAUAGAUCAAACCAAACAAUAAGCUACACAAUAGCUUAAGAAAUCGAAGGUCAGAUCAAAAAGUAGUCAAGAACAGUCAAAAAUCCUAAAACUAUAAAAAGUCACUUUGACUAUUAACCCAGUUGACACAUUAAGCCACAAGAUACUCAAAAAAUUCAAUCUUCAAAGACAAAAGAGUCGAAAGACAUGAUAAAGAAGAGGAAUCACUCAUUCCGACUGUUAAAAGUAUAUCCCAUGAGAAUCUCACACGAACAAUAAAUAUCGGAUCUGAACAAAUUAAGAAAAAAAAAAUUCUCAAUGCCUACGAAAUACUUAAGUUUUAGCUUCUUUUAUUUUAAAUAUGAGGAACCAGAAAAAUAUUGAGAUUAAUUCGAACAUAAUUUUUAUGUAUAAUGAAUAUGUAUAUUUUAAUUUUAAUUAGUUUACUUUUUAUAUUUUAAAUCUUUAUGAGAAAAUUGUUUUUAUAAUUUGACCGUGUACCAGUACGAAAUGACAGGGCUUCUCUAUCGACAUUAGUUUUUAAAUUUAAAAGAAUGUUAAGUUCUUCAGCUAUUAAUUGAUAAGCAUGUUUUUUAGAAUUUACUUUUAAUAAUGUUUACAAAGUUUUAAUUACUUUUAAAUGCACGUCCACCACCAAUAUACGAUUUGCUUGUAAGAUUUAUGAUUAGAAUUUCUCACCAUUUCACCCACAAAACUUAAUUUUUAAUCAUUUAAUUUUUUAAUACUCAAAACUUUUCAUAUUCUUUGGAAAUUUCCAACCAAUUUCUGAGUUCUUUAUCAUUAUUGUUCAAUGAGAUCAGCAUUAUUAGGAGGAUUGGAGCUGGUUAUGGAUGUAUUUUCACUACUGAAUAUAUUUGUUAUCUACUUGGGAAUAUCCCAAGGCUUUUAAAUGUCCAUUGUCAUUGUGUUUACAUUUUGGAAAUUUCAAAAUUCUGGGAAUAUCCAUCAAAAUAUUGCAAAUCAUUGAUAUCUCCAGAAUCUGUAAUAAAACAAAGCUUUAAUAACAUGAAUUAUAGUUGCCUCGCAUGCAUUACUACUAAGCUAGUCCAUAAACUAGAGUAACCUUAGUGAUAUAACUUUGACUAUGACUAAGGUUGCUCAAGUAAUGAACUAGACUCUAGUAGAUCAUCACUUUUGAGUCAUACCGAGCAACAGGACUCCAGAAAAUGAAAUACAGCUAGAACAAACUUCAUUCCUCCCGCCUAGAAAGUAGAAUAUCAAAUCCUAAUGAAGAAGAUAUAAAAAACAAGAAUUUCAAAAUGUGAUUCGCUAAAAAAUAAAAUAUUUUAACUUUAUACGAAAGAAAAAGAAUUAAUUAAAGCAUUAAAGCAAAUUUAGAUAAGAAGUUUUGCUGUCGCAAUUUAAUUUGUAAAAUUUGUAGAAUUUUUUAGAAAUUUGCAAAAGAAAAAAAAUAUUUUGUAGUAAUUUUAAGAAACAGAAUGAAAAGCAUUAAUCAAUUAAAAGUUUCUACUUAGAGAAUCUCAAAGAAGAUUGUAACAAUUAAUAAAUAUUAUCCCCCGAUGCGCCAGCAACACAAAAAUAAUAAUAAAAUAUUUCUGCUUUUUUAAAUACACGACGCACGAUUGCCUUAAAAAUGAACAAAAAAAAAUAAUAAGAAGAGAUGAAAAUGAUGAUAAUUUACUAUUUUAGCUGACUUUGACACAUGUUUUUAUAAAGUAACUAUAGAUUGACAUGUGACAAGUAAUACUAUUAAGUUCCCAAUGAUCCUUAUUGAGUGAUCAAUAAAUUUAUAUGUAGGUAUAUGAACGAGAAUGAAAAAUUAUUAGCAGGAGAUGUAAAAUCUCUGAACUUUUUUUUUUUAUUAUGUAAAUAAGAAAGUUUUCAAGAAAUAGAAAGUUGUGUGGAAGAAAGUAAGGAAACGUGUAAGAAUGGAGAAGAAUUAUUCAUAUUUUAAUAUUUGAUAAAGAAAAGAUUUAUAUUGUGCAUGAUGACGAAGAGAAAUGAAGGAAAUUAAAUAUUUUUUGAUGCUAGAUUUGCUUUGUAGAAAAAAAUAAAAUCUUUAAAAAAUAACGAAUUUUUGAGAUUUGAAUUUUUUGUCUCGCGAAACUCCAAAAAUUCGUUAAAAUUGAGAUCAAUUCAAAUCUCAAAAGUUUGUUGAAAAUCAAAAAGAUGCAAAAAAAGUGAAAAAUGAAAUUUUAUUAAGGAAUCAAGUAACACCAAAAUGGAAAAAUUUUACCAAUAGUUUUUUAAAUAAUUUUUUAUAUAUGAAUAUAUUUUUUGUUGUUAUAGAUUUUUUUUAAGUUAAUGAAAAUUUUCCUGAUAUGUGUAAUUUUUUUGUGAAUCUCAAAUUUGAUCUGACACCCAAUCACACACACACACACCCCUACCCCAUCUUCAUCAUUUUAUUUCCUCUAUCCACCCUCAAUUUAUGUUCAGUAAAAUAACUUUAAAGAUUCAUUUGCUAAGAAAAGAAAGAAAAAAAAGUGAUAAAUCGAAUUUGUUUAAUUUUAAUUAAAAAUCAAAAAGAAGAGAAAUAAGAAAAAAAACCAACAAUUUUUUUAGAUGUUAAAAAGUUUAUUCUUCUUCGAUUUUAAUCGAUUAAUUACAUUAAUUACAUAUUAAGGAAAUGCACAAGAAUGUGCUAAAUUGUACCAGUUUUCUCUACUUUUUUGCUUAAUUACUUUAUCGAAUUAAUUAAUAUUAUAUCUACUUUACUUUAUCUAUGAGUUGAUUGAAUAGAAAUGAAAAAAACCCAUUAAAAAAAAAGAAAAUAUUAAUAAUAAUGUUGAACAGUGAAAGAAAAUUUUUACUUAAGAAUUUUGCGAUUGUACCAUGGAAAUGAGAAAUUGAAAAGAAG